UAGAAUCAUGAGUCUUCUUCUUUAACCUUCCAAACAAACAUGAAAAAGCUUGUAGCUCUCUGCAUCGAUGGCGUAUGGAGCAUACAAUCAAUGGGUUCAAACUGAAUUAAAAUGCAGAAUGUGAAGAAGAGAACGGCCAAGGUUAUUUUGGUAAUUUCACACUGUCAUAUCAAGAAUCAUCGGUCUUCUUCUCUAACAUUCCAAACAAACAAUAGACGCACUGUUUCCUUAAUUUCAUACCACACUCUCAAUUCUCUUCAUCUUGGCAGGACCAAUGUUUCACAUGCCGUCCCUUCUUGGCCGAAGGUGCAUUUCCAUUUCUCUGGAACAAGUCCAUUGUUUCACAUGCCACCUCCAUGUUCUAUUAUGAUUCAGUCUGAGAUGAUUCAAGAAGCCAACCUCUCCAAGUUCAAGUCUGAAGUACAAAGUUCUCAGGAACAUCAUUUUUCUCUGCUGCAACGUGAACUUGAAAAGCUUCGGAAUGACAUUGAAAAAAUGCGCAGUGAACUAAGGUAUGAGGUUGACAAGCUUACUGCCGGUCAACGGUUGGAUUUAAAUCUUGAAAGAGGACGCAUCCGUGAUGAGCUUGCCAAUCAAAAUGCAGAAACUACAAAUCUUACAAAUAAGCUUGAUCGGGAAAUUCAUGCAUUGAGGGCGCAAAUUGAAGCUGCAAAAUAUGAAGUGAUUAAAUACUGUAUAGGUACUCUUGUCUCUAUCUCGGCUGUUGGUCUUGCAGUGCUACGGUUAUAUACCUAAGACAUUGCAGAAGACAUUUGUUGCUGAAUUUUUAAAUGAGCACGAGUGCCCAGAUGUUGACAGUAUUCUUUUAAGAAGCUUGAAUAGGAAUCAACCACAUUGUCAAACCGCUGUAAUAUUCACAACUUGGUAGAUAGGUUAACAAUUGUAUUCAUUUUAUUUCAAGCUUGUUCAUUUGUUCAGAUUUAUGUAGCUCACCACAUAUUCAAUGUUUGCUAUGACAAUAUUUCAAAAUUUGGGAUGUUGAUA